ACGCACAAAAUUUGUUAUUUUCUCAAUAUCAAAGAUGGCGAAUAUGCGUGACAGUGAUACGUCCCUGUGGCUACACAAUAAAUUAGGAACUUCGAAUGAUUCUUGGACUGGUGGCUCAAUAUGUUCGCAAUUAAACGCCGAAGUGUUACGCAAUAUAAAAGACUGUUUUCCCGAUCUUCAGACGCAGGUCAAACUGAAGUUGCUAUUAAGUUUCUUCCACAUACCAAGAAGAAAUAUAGAUGAGUGGCGAUGUGAGCUGGAACAGAUUGUUGAUGUUGCUGUGAGUGAUUCUGAUUUAUGGGUCUCGAUGCUGGCUGAAGCUUUAAAAACAUUUCCGGCCACUGGCAGCCUGAACACAGAAAUUGCAGAUUUGGAUGAAGUAAGACCAAUAUUCACAAAUUUGGUGAAUGAUCUGAGGCAUCUAGUAAAGAAACAGUCCGAACAAGUGAUGUUACCCAUGGAAUGUCAUUAUUUAAAUAAAGCAGCAUUGGUGUCUGUGGUAGGGCAGCAGCCAUCAUCUACAAAACAUUUCACAUUAAAAAAAUCACCUAAAUCAGCUAUACUUAGAUCUGAUUUAUUGCAAAAGGCUUCGGAUGCAGCAAGCAAUUUGAAAAAGUCUUCAGCUCCAGUUAUACCAGUACGAUCUCGAGGUAUGCCGCGCAAGAUGACGGAUACCACCCCUCUGAAAGGUAUUCCCAGCAGGCAUCCUCCAUCUAGUUUUCGAUCAAGUCUACUAAGUGGUGGGUUAGGUAACCGACCGCCUAUAUCGAGACCUCAUGCUGGGCGCAAGGAAGGCGGUGUUAAGUUGUUGGAUAUUGCUGAUCAGCCACUAGGCUAUGCUGCUGCUAAGAAACGGAAGCGUCAACAGGAGAUCGACGAUGCUAAGAAGGUGUCUGAAGUGGCGCCCAGCAUUACUUCACCAACUAGUACAAAUGUUACUCCUGAUUAUGCCGCUGGACUCACUACGCCGACUUAUGCACCUACUGUCACAACUAUUGCUUCAACCGGCAGUACAACGACUACCAAUGUUAUAACCCAUACCGCUUCCGCAAUUACGACGGUCACAAGUGCCACUACUCUGAAAUCUUCUACAGAGAAGGAAACUGCACCUACUGUAGUACAAGGGAUUAAUCCUAUGCGUCCAGUGCCUCCAUUACUACCGACAACACCACAAGCACCUACUGCUUCCAGCAACCACGUUAUUGUAACUACGAAACCCGUUCAACAAGUGACACAGAUCAGACUGCAGCCUCCCCAAACUUCCUUACAAAGAAGAGGAUUGGCAUUAACCAGAGAACAAAUGUUGGAAGCCCAAGAUAUGUUCCGAACUGCAAACAAGGUGACCAGGCCAGAGAAAGCUUUGAUACUAGGAUUCAUGGCUGGUUCCAGAGAUAAUCCAUGUCCGCAUUUGGGCAACAUCGUGACGAUAAAAUUGUCCGAAGAUCAAGAGAAUGUUCUGCAGCCUGAUGAUACGUAUUUGACGAUGCUCGUUGAAACUCAUUUCCAAAUGAACUACAAUAACGGCGAGUGGAAACGUAUAAAGAAGUAUAGACAUGUGGAACAUGUGGUCGAUCAGAUUCCCCAAAAAACGCAAGCCGCCGCAUUAGUGUAAGACGAUAUUAUAUGAUGUUAUAUUGGUAACUUAAGAGAGUUUUAUUAUUUGUGACUGGAAACAAAAAAACUAAAUAAAUAUAUAUAUAUAUAAUAUAGAAUAUAUUUUAUAUUGUGAAAUAUAAGAGAAAAUAAUUCUGUUUUGAAGAUGCAGAAUGUUAAAAUAAUAAAUAAAUAUUACGUUGGUUU